GUUCUCAAUGUCGCAAGUACUUCAGUAAGGUUCUGUAAUCAUUUAGUUCGUACUUAACCGCCAUCUAGAUAGCACACACCAAAACGGAAGCGAAAUUAAGAUGGCCGCAACUCUAGUGCAACCAAGUGGAGAAAUAUGGGAGAAGAUAAGAAUAGAACUAAAAGAAGAUGUGAAUACCAGAGACAGAGAUUUACAGCAUAUGAAAGAAUGGUUGAGAAAACAGCCUCAUUUGCCCGACGAAUGGGACGAAGGACGCAUGAUGACCUUUCUUCGUGGCUGUAGUUUCUCUCUGGAGAAAUGCAAGAGGAAGUUAGAUAUGUACUUCACAAUGAGAGCAGCAUGCCCUGAAUUUUUCACCAAGAGAGAUGUCAGACGACUAGAACUAAAGGAUCUUAUGUCCAGAGCACAAGGACCACCACUCUCUGGUUUGACACCGAAUGGUAGACGAGUGACUGUUUGUAGAGGGCUGGACAAGAACUUAGAUAUGAAUCAAUUAAAUGAUGCUUUUAAAGUCGCCCUUAUGAUCGGAGACGUCAGACUAAAGGAAGAAAAAGAGGGUGUAGGAGGUGACAUAUACAUUCUAGACGCUUCUGUCGUCAGUCCCAGCCACUUGGCUAAGCUAUCUCCCACAGCUAUCAAGAAAUUCCUCAUCUGUGUUCAGGAAGCGUAUCCCGUAAAACUAAAGGAGGUACACGUGGUAAAUACAUCACCGGUCAUUGAAAAAAUUGUCAACUUCGUCAAGCCUUUCCUGAAAGAUAAAAUCAAAAAUAGAAUUUUCAUUCAUUCAAACCUUAGUGAGCUGUAUAAUUAUGUGCCAAAGGAAAUGCUUCCUGAGGAGUAUGGAGGCAACGGAGGUUCACUUUCGGACAUUAAUGAGGCCUGGAUGAAAAAGUUAGAAGAGUACACAGAUUGGUUUAAGGCUGAGGAGUCGGUUAUUGCUGUUGAAGCACUAAGACCGGGAAAGCCAACAAAUUAUGACGAAUUAUUCGGGAUUGAUGGAUCAUUUAGGCAACUGUCCAUAGAUUAAACAAUUAGUCAAAACCUUUAGUUUUUAACAAGCGCUAAGAUGUUUUCAAUUUAAUAUAAGAUUAACUAGCUGCACCCGCAAACUUUGUUUCUCCUUAAUGUGAUUUUACUUAGCCUGCCUUUUUAGCACAUACCAACAUGGAACCUUUUGCUAUGCUACCCCAGACAAGGUUCGGUUUUACGGAAGGAUUUUUUUGCGUUUUUCUGUGAAUUUUUAUCUAUAUAAACCUGAGAGUUCAAGUCAUAAAAUUUUAAUAAAAAUAUAACAAACAGGUUGAUCUUAGAUGGGUAAAAAUUAAGGGUUGUAUGUUAGUUGUAACACAAAAAAUAAAAACGAAUAUUUUGUCUAAAAAAUAAAAAUGUAAGGGUUUAACCUUUAGGGGAAUGUAAAAGAUAGCCAGGGCUUAUAGUUAGAGUCCUUUUGCUAUGAUUGUAUGUUAUAUUUAUGAUUAUUAUAUUUCAAUUUAUAUACUUUUUAAGGAAUUAGGACAUUAUUAUACUUUAAAAAAGGAGGAAUCAAUUCAAUGUGUAUCUUUAUAAAAUAUCAACUUUCAUUUAAAUAUUCAUUUAUUGUU